AUGACAGACACGCUCAAAGAUCAGCUAAUCGCUUUGGCCUCAACUGGAGAUGCCAAUCAAAUGAGAACCCUCCUCUCAACCACCGAACAGCCCCCAUCACAAGAAACCAUCCAAGAGGUGCUCACAACAGCCAUAAAGAAUUGCCAAUUCGAUACUGUCCGCUUCCUCUUGGCAAAGUACCGCUCAGUCCCUGUCAACGAGGAAAUCGUCCGAGCAGCUGUCAACACGGGCUCAAUCCCGCUUAUGCAGGCCUUGCUCACCAAGGAUCCAUCUGUGAUCAACAUGCAGUUCGACAUGCGGGGAACACCUCUCAUCGUUGCAUGCAUGGGUCGACAGCACGUUGACUUUUUGCGCUUUCUUCUUGAGGCUGGGGCUGAUCCCAACCAAGAGCCUGAUGCAGCUGCGUAUCCGCUUGCGUUGGUUGCAGGGCUGUACAAGGACACUGCAGCGAUCGACCUACUGUUGAAGUAUGGCGCUAAGGUUGACAAUUCAGGUGCACUUGCUGCUGCGGCGAGGAGAGGUAAUGAGCCUAUGAUGCGGUAUCUACUGGAGAAGGGGGCUCGGCCUGACAGUGAUGCUCCUUCUGUUGGAACUGGUGCAUCUCCUCUUCAUGUGGCAGUCAAGGCUGGGCAUGUUGGCGUAGCUAGAAUCUUGAUGCAACAUGGAGCUGAUCCUAGGGCUGCUGAAAGUAGUGGUACUUCAGCUAUUGAGCUUGCGAAUCAACUGCAGCAGCAGGGCAAGGCUACGUCAGAGAUGGUAGAGGUUCUAGAGCCAAAGUAG